UGUUGAAAAUAACUAUACUCAAAAAUCUGAUUUCCCUAUCCCAUGGUGCUGCUGUAAUCUUUUAAAUACAAUAGUAAGAGGGUUGAAUUUACUUGAGCUCAUGUUUAGGGACACGGUUUAAUGAUUUUGGAAGAUGGUACGCAUUAUGAAGGCGAAUUCAAAGGAAUCGAUAACAUUAACGGUAAAGGAGUUUUAACGUUAAAUUCUGGACAUACAAUCGAAGGUCACUUGAACGGUUCUCUAUCGGACGGAAUAAAAAUUUCCAACGGUACCUUGAAUUUAACUACACUUCCGUCCGCCGACUUACCCGUGAAACCAAACUCUUUCGGAAAGCUUUGCACUCCCGUAACGCAAAAGUGGAAGGCCCUGUUUCGACAGUGCUAUCAAAUGUUGGGAGUGUACGAGAAUAACAGCAAAGUGAAUAAGUUGCCCGACACGCAAAAACUGUGGCAGAACAUUGCGGUUUUAAUAUCAAACUCGCAUCAGGGAAGUUUGAAGAAGAGGAAAAGCGAGCGGAGUUUAGAGAAUUCGUUAAAUCAGCUGGAUACGAUACCUACAUUUGGAAGAAAUAGUAUGGAUGUUGCCAAUUAUAUGGAUGUUAAGCAGUAUUUGGUUAAGGCUUUUGAAAGCCCCCACCACCCUUUAGGAUCAUUGCUGCUCGAUGUGACGGUGGCUUACACAACAACUUACGGGGGUUUACACGCCCAUCCCCUAUUACUUACACAUGCCGUUGAAGAACUCCACUCGAUUACUAAACGAAUAUACGACAUUGUAAAACUACUGUUUCCUGCAUUACCGUCACAUGAGAGAGACACUCCACCGGAAGACACUGAGGAUAGUUCCAGUGAGAUAGUCGGUUACCAAAAUCUGUUGUAUCCAUUAAUUCUACCCAAAGUUCACCAACCACUGUUUAUUUUAUACACUUUACACAAUAAAUUGCAAGACUUGCAAUACUGGAAAAGACUGACCGAGUGGAACAAACACUCGGAUUAUACACUGAUGUCCUUUUUAUCUGUCGAUCAAAAAUUUCUAAACAACCACGCCCCGGACGGUUUAUUGUCGUCGCCCGUGAAAGAGCAAACCUUUCUAGACGCCAUUGAAACCCUGCAACUUCUCAAGACGACAUUUUCGCCUAUCGAAAAAUUACUCAUAAUUCGCCAGACCUUUGAGAAAAUGACACUAGUCGUACAGGAUCAAAUCGGACACGAUUACAAGUGGAGCAUGGACGACCUCUUCCCCGUGUUCCUAUACGUUGUCGUAAGAUCUAGAAUUCUGCAGUUGGGAUCGGAGAUACAUUUCAUCGAAGACUUCAUGAUACCGAGCUUAGAAAACGGAGAACUCGGCAUAAUGUUCACAACUUUAAAGGCGUGCUAUCAGCAAAUAUUGCAAGAGAAAACCUCUAUUAGUUAAUAAGUCCGUAUUGCGAAUUUUAGGUGUAGUUUACCAAUUUUAGUUAAAGAGAUGAAGUCGUAAUUGUAAGUAGAUAUUUUUGUAAGACUGGCGAAACGAAGCAUCAGUAUUCAGUUUUUUUUUUUCGUAUCUCCGUUCAUAUUGGACGAUGAAAACGGCAUAUCAAAUUUUGUGAUUUUCAACAUUCCUGUGUAGUUACUUUAUUUUAUUGUUAAUUUUAUGGCAAAGUUUAAAUAAAGUUAUAGUUACCUAA